AUGUCGAUAGUAUCAUAUCUAUUUCAAUCAAUAUUUCAUCCUUCCGAAAUUACAGCUCUUGUCCAAUUUAAAUUUUUCAAGCCCAAACCCAUACUAGAAAUUAAACCCGAAAACAAGCAAAAGAUACGUUGUUAUGAGUUUCUGGAUAAAACUUCUCGUUCGUUUGCUGCUGUAAUUAAAGAGCUGGAUGAUGAUGUGAGAGAUGCUAAAGAGCUUCUAUUAAGGUCUUUUCAUGAAACUAUUUUUCAAAAAGGAUGGACCUUCACGGAAAGUGGUCCCCUUGAAAAAGAUCGUCAAUUACUCGUAGAAUUUAAUGUUGUGAUUGAUGAAUUUUUAUCUAUGAGAAAGGAGUUUCGUGAUAUUAUCGCUGAUAUAGCUAAUAAAAUGGGAAGUGGUAUGGCUGACUAUGCAAAAGAUGCUGUGCAUAACACAUAUGGGGUUAAGACCCUUAAAGAUUUUGAUGAGUAUUGUUAUUAUGUUGCUGGCUUAGUUGGUGUUGGCCUUACCCGUUUAUUUGCUGAAAGUGGUCUGGAAAGUUCUGAACUCGUAAAAGAUACUGAUUUGUCAAUUCAUAUGGGUUUGUUUUUACAAAAAACGAACAUAAUUCGUGAUUAUUUGGAAGAUCUUCUUGAUGGACGUAAAUUUUGGCCACAAGUUAUUUGGUCAAAUUAUGUUAAAGAUUUUUCUGAUCUUAAAGAACCUGGUUAUAAAACUCAGGCUCUUGAUUGUCUUUCAUCCAUCAUUCUCAACACACUUCAUCAUGCCCCUGAAUGCUUAACUUAUAUGAAUAAGCUUCAAAAUAAAUCUAUUUUCAGUUUUUGCGCCAUCCCACAAGUAAUGGCAAUUGCAACUUUGGCAUUAAUGUUUAGAAAUUAUGAUACAUUUCAAAAAGUUGUUAAAAUUAGAAGGGGAGAAUCUGUUAAGUUAAUGUUAAAAUGCACAAAUAUUCAUGAGGUUGCAAGUAUCUUUCAAGAGUAUACUAGAGUAAUCAUCCGCAAAAAUGAUCCUAGAGACCCUAAUUUUAUGAAGAUUAGUGUUGCUUGCGGGAAGAUUGAACGAUGGUGUGCUACCAAUCUUCCAGCUACGAAAGUUUAUAAAUUACCAUAUUCUAAAAAUGAUUGGUUGUUCAAUCCGGAAAAUGACUUAUUAUUAUUUAUUGGGUUUAGUUUAUUGGCAUUCACAGCUUAUCUAUUAUGUUUUUAUAAUUGGGAACAUUUUCGUUAUGAUGGAUUCGAAAUCUUAAAGGAUCAAAUUUAG